GUGGUAUUCGAGUGACGUUUCACGACGUGUACUUUUGUAAAUCAUGAUUUUUUAGUAGUUUUUUAAAAAAUUUUGAGAGAAAACUUUUCGAAAAAUCAUAAAACAGUGUAAAAAAAAGUGUUUCUUUUUUCAAUUUAAGCAACAUGUGGGCGGAUACUAUUUUAAUUGUAUUUAUUAGUGUAUGCACAGCCCUUUUGGGUGAAGGAUUAACAUGGUUAAUGGUGUACAGAACAGAAAAGUAUCAAAAAUUAAAACAGGAAGUCGAAAAACAGAGUAAAAAAUUGGAAAAGAGAAAAGAAGUACAUGGCGAUACAUUGGAUAAACAGCAGAAGAAAAAAAUUGAACGUGAGGAAGAGAGAUUAAAAAAUAAUAACAGAGAUUUGUCACUUGUAAAAAUGAAAUCAAUGUUUGCUAUUGGAUUCGCAUUUACUGCACUUUUAAGUAUGUUUAAUAGCAUUUUUGAUGGACGAAUUGUUGCAAGGUUACCUUUUGUUCCAAUAAGUUGGAUACAGGGACUUUCCCACAGAAAUCUGCCAGGGAAUGAUUACACUGAAUGCUCUUUUAUAUUCUUAUACAUUCUUUGUACAAUGAGCAUAAGACAGAAUAUUCAGAAAAUGUUGGGUUUCGCACCUUCACGAACAGCAAGUAAACUUAGCGGUGGAAUCUUUGGACCACCGCCACAGCAAUUUAAAUAAGUUUCAUAUUUUUUUUUCUAUUCAAGUCAUUUGCUCAUGUAUCUUAAAAAUUAUUUAAUUAGAGUCAAUUUGUAAAUAUAUUUCCACGAAGCCUCAAGACUGUUAAUUAUUGUAAAAAAAAUAAGGCAUUUAAUGUUCACAUUUCUUCUAACAAGAUAUAAAGUUCAAAUAAUUAACAUAA